AUGAAGUCUGCACUGCUUCUCCAACUCCUAUUGAUUCACUUAACACCACAGCAGGUGCCUGGGAGCCCCAAGCAACAUUUUAUGAAGUAUAUCUUGGAACCCCCACCCUGCAGAUCAGAUCCUGGAAACUGCACUCAAUUCUGUACAAUACAGGAAGAUUGCAAAAACGGACUUCAGUGCUGUUCUGCCUUCUGUGGGAUAGUCUGUUCAUUAAACAAGAAUAUAAAUUAUGACAGUUUCCUGGGCUCUGGAGAUACUUCAGCCUGA